AUGGCUAUCCUCGACGAUUACUUAGACAUAGCCCGACCACACUUCAGCCACAUUCCUAAGUCAGAGCUCUCAGUAACCGCUUUUCAUGAUAGCCUUCCUCCUUUCAACCAUCCGCGGACUACCUCCUCCGAGCGGCAGGCCAUCGUCAACAGGCUAAAGCCGUACACCAUCAUCUCGUCGAUGCGAGAGCGGACACCAUUCCCAGGAGAACUACUCAGACAACUACCUAACCUAAAGCUUCUUCUAGCGACCGGCACGCAGUUCGAAACGUUCGAUCUUACCACAGCCUCCGAGCUUGGCAUUAGUAUAGCCGCGGCACCCGGCAGGGGCCGCACGGACGGUAAGCUGACCAGCCGUCCAGCACGACCUAAGCUCGACAUAAAAAAAGGCGGCAGCCAUCCUACCACGCAGCACGCGUGGGCGCUAAUCUUGGCUCUGGCGCGGAAUGUGGCCGCGGACGAUGCAGCCAUGAAAGGCCCGAGCAAAAGCUGGCAGUCCCAGCUCGCGAUCGGGCUAACGGGUGCGACGCUCGGUGUCGUUGGCCUCGGACGUCUUGGCGCUGCGGUUGCGCGGAUCGGCAGCUUGGCGUGGGGCAUGCGCGUGGUGUGCUGGAGCGAAAACAUGACCCAGGAGAAGGCUAAUCGGAAGGCCGAGGAGAUGGGACUUCCGGUUUACGGCGGCUACGCCCUGGAUCCCGACGCGCCGACGUUUACGGCCGUGAGCAAGGACGAGCUGUUCGCGACGGCGGAUGUGGUCAGCUUGCAUUACGUCCUUAGCGACCGUUCCCGGGGGAUCGUUGGAAAGGCUGAGUUGGCACGCAUGAAGGAGUCGGCGCUGUUGGUUAAUACCUCGAGAGGACCGCUGAUUGAUGAUACAGCGUUAUAUGACGCGCUGCAGACAGGUCGCAUCCGAGGCGCCGGCCUAGAUACCUUUGAUAUCGAGCCUUUACCUGCAGACAGUCCUUGGCGGUCAACUGAAUGGGGUACUCAGGGGAGAAGCAACUUGAUUAUUACUCCGCAUAUGGGAUAUGUUGAAGAUGGAAUCAUGCAUACUUGGUAUGAAGAAACUGCAGAGAAUUUGGAGCGGUGGCUUCGGGGAGAAGCACUUCUUCAUCGUCUCAACUAA